UAAACGUCCACAAACGGUGCUCGAGGAGCAUGUUAGUGCAUGUGGCCUGUUGGUUUAUAGCCAGUGCUUCACAGGCAAAAGCCCAGAUUUAAAAACCUCUAGGCAGCAAUCUCUGGACUCUGCUGGUGAAGAAUUCAUAGAUCUCACAGGUGAAUCUUCCGAGCCAAUCUAACUGCGAUAGUUCUGUUGUGCAGCAGGACUAAAACCAGCAGCACCGACUUGUUUCCAGAGCAGCAGAUAAUUCAGUAGUGCUACCAAUGAGUGACACUGAAGAGGAACUAAGAGAUAAUAAUGGCACAUGGCCAACAGGUCCUGUUAGUUCUCCAGUUUGGGUGGAUAUGAGCUCAGAGCUUCCUGAAGAGUAUAUACAACAAAUGAGAAAUCUUUCACUAAGAAGCCAUCAACAGCCAGACAGGUCUGUACUGAGCAGAGAUGAUGAAGAUGAAACAACAGUAAAUUAUAUGUAUGGGACUGCUACAGCAUCUGAACAACAGGUAUCACCAGAAGAGCAAACUGCAAGAUCAAAUCCAUGGCCACCAGGGACUAUUUGUUGUCGAAUUUGCAUGGAUUUGUACUCAAAGAUUCUGCGAAGUGGACGACUGGUUUUGGCAACCCGGUGUGGCCAUAUCUUCUGCAGUCGAUGCCUCUCUGUUGCCAUUGAGGUUACCGGGGCUUGUCCAACCUGCAGCAGAGAACUCACUCACAGACAAUAUCAUCCCAUUUAUUUAUGAGUACUUCUGUUUCUCAGCACAGAUUCAGAUGGAUUUUGGUGAAUAGGUGAUGGAAAGACUUUUUGCUUCAUGUAUACAGUUCUCGUUGUAUACAGCUCCAUUUUUUCCUGAAUUUAAUUCUAAAUAAAUUGUUGAUUUAAGUAUA